CAGGGCAGCUCGCAGUUCUUCAACAACAAGGGUGCUGUUGCUGGCGUCUUCCUGAUUGUUGGUUUGGCCGCUGCCUCGAUCUUACUCUUCCUAUUCUUUUUCAUUCGUCGACGCCGCCGCACUCGCAGACUGGAGCACGACACUACAGUCGCCUCGACCCUCGCAGCAGCCGGCCUCAACCGCCGUCCGCUCGAUGGCGACAUGGAAGGGGCCGCGCCGAACAUGUCGCAGCGCACUUCACGACACACCUCCGCCUCAAAUCCGUUCGCCGACACGACUACGUCCCUGCCCCUCGCAACAGGACGUCCUCCUUCAGGCUACAUGGACGACCCAGCCGCGGGCCCUGAGCCUGUAGAGACGCGUGCAGUCGACUUCGACCCCUACGCAGCGUACGGCACGAUCCACCCGCCGCCCCCAGCGACCCUGGGCUUCCCGCGGCGAGACGGGUACGCGCCCGCCCCCACAAAUAGCCCGCCGCCGGGCGCGUACACCGUUGGGCACCCGGGUCACGGACACAGCUCCAGCUCGCGCAGCGACAGCAGCUCUGGGUUCGGACAUCGUGCGCAAGGCAGUGCCAGCAGCCAUGACCUUCUGUUGGGGUACAACCGUGACCGCGUGGCGAGCGAGAGCGGGCAAGCGACGCCUGCCACCAUGGUGAACGCUAGCUCGUCGGGCGAUUUGUUGGCUCCUCCACCACGGAAUCCGAAGAGGUUGGUGGAUGCGAAUCGGAGUGCGAGUGAGGAGGCAGCGCAGCCUGCAGCUGGUAUGAGGGAAUCAGGGACGUCGUCUGUUUAUUCUAUGGCGGAGGAGGGUCCGUUCGAGAACCCGGGGGCUUCGAAGCCUGCUCUUGAGGUGCGGAAUCCUGACGGCGCGGACCUCUCGCGAGAAACAACGCUCCGAGAUUGAGCUGAAAACAUACACAUUGCAUAGCUAGGGACUUCCUUUGCGGACUUGCUUGUUCUUCUCGUCUGUCAUUUUGAAUUGGCCGCACCGUGCGCGUGCAGUAGCGU